CAAACCUUGACAUGACCUUUGGGGCGCAAUGAAGGAAACUGAGGCGGGGUUCUGCUUUCGAGCUCCUCUCCCUGUUUGUGACUUGGAUGAUGACGUACCGCUUUAUCCUGACACGAAACGAUUAAAGUUAUGCUCAUCUCGUGUCUCAAGUGUUUACGAGCGAAUCUUCAAUCGGAAUUGUCGGGAUCUUAGUGGGAAAGACAAAAGCAACAACAUCACAACUUACAACGGUUCUUCCUUUAGAAAUCUACUACCAUCCGUGAGUUUGAAGGCAUUUAAUCGACCUGGUGAUGUUUGUCAUUAUUUCCUACAAAGUUUUGUAUCCGAUAAUCGUAUUUACUCGCAAAAAAUGAAGCAGUCAUCCGUUUUCAGCUCUACUCCGUUUAGUGGUCACACAAAGUCAUCUCUAGAGAAAAAUCACAUUUCAUCUGAAAGGCAGAUAUAUCAACGGUUGUUAGAUAAGGCGUCAUCAUUUUCCCGAACUCCUACUGGCAAACCUACGAAUAAUGCAUGUGGUCCCAUCACUAUAAAUCUUGACGAAAUUAAAGAUAAUCACUAUUCUUUAUUGCGGCAAUGUAAUCUUUCUCCAAUUCUUCCGAGGAACCGAAUCCAGCGAAUUGACGACGCUAGCACAAAUAAUCAAACCGUCUCUAUCCCAUCUUCAGAUACCAGUGAUUCGAAAACUCGUGCGUGGCUUGAAAGUAUUGCAGAAUCUCCCUACUUAUCGGAUAACUGGCUUAACAACUUGACCUCAAGCUAUCAGGCUAAAAAGAAUGAACGUGAACGUGACUAUGAGUUGGCGAGAGCAAACAUACGAUUUUGGGAGAAGCAGCGUGCUUCAGCUGAAAAAGAGCGUAUUGACAAUCUUGAACAGAGACUUGCUUGUUUACUAAGAACACCUCCUAUUCUGGAAGAUCCAUAUUUAGUACCUCAACCUAUUCCCAUUGAACUGCCAUAUAAACCUGUCAAAGUUAAAGAACCCAAAGUACCAGCUCUUCCUGUUUUAACUGCACCUCAACUAGCUGAGAUUGAAGCAGCUCUUCGUACUGGUUCUCCAGAUGAAGUACUUGUAGAUAAAUUUAGAUUAGUUAUUACGCGUCGUGAAUUAAUGACAUUAACUGGAACAAAUUGGUUAAGCGAUAUGGUAAUCAAUUUCUACUUACAAUUGUUACAACAUCGAAGUCAACAUCAAACAAAUCUUCCUCGUAUCGCUGUUUUGUCAACAUUUUUUUAUGCAAAGUUAACAGCACCAAUUAGUGGAGGUUAUUCAGGAGUACGACGUUGGACGCGACAAUCAAAAUUAUUUGAUCAAGAUAUUGUACUUAUCCCAAUUCAUGACAGAGGAAUGCAUUGGUGUUUAAGUUGUAUUGAUUUACGUGUCAAAACGAUAACAUAUUACGAUUCCAUGGGUUCUCGUAACGUGAAGUGUUUGGAACAGUUAAUGGAUUAUUUGAAAAAUGAAUCAUUAGACAAAAGAAAUGUUGAACUGCCAGAUCCGGAUUCUUGGAAACUCGUUAAUACAGAGGUAAUUUAACUCUUACUUAGUGUUGACUAUCACUAUGUUAGUUCGUUUCAUAUUCGUUCUGUCGAUUCCAACUCGCUGUGCUGACGUGGUAUGGUAACUCUGAUCAACAUUUAUCGGUGCUAAGUCUUAUGUUGACUUUAACUAACUGAGGAUUGAUUGAUUGAAUCACUCACUUUUCGAACAGAAUGAUAAAUUUAAAUAAUCAUUUGAUCUAUGUUCACAAUAAGUUGAAUGUUCCAGAGAGUUGAUAGUUUGCUGGUCAACUCACUUAACCCCCAACAGUUUUUGUCGCAGGUCCAAACCCCAUCCUACCUACUUUGGUUUGAGCGACCGGGUAGUAUCACUAGCUCUUACGCGUAAGCUGAGGCCCACAGCCAAGGACACACAUCUGUACUUGGUAAAUGAGUUGCAUUAUCAAUUCGGUUUUAUCGGUCGGAUAAUAUCAGUUGUUUUGAAUCGUUUGACAAGUACUUGCUAUAAUCAACAUGUAUCUCUGAGAAGUUCAACUUGCAUAAAUAAGUAAAGGACACUGUGCCUCAGCAGUACAACGGUUCCGAUUGUGGCGUUUUCCUCUGUACAUUUGGUGAAUUCAUCUCUCGUGAUGCUUCAUUUACAUUUAGUCAGGAUGAUAUGCCAGGAAUACGUAAACGUAUGAUGUAUGAAAUAUUGACACAACAAUUAUUAACUACAAAUUUCAAAUUAAUUGAUGAUGAUAAAUAAAGAAAGAAAGAAAGAAAAAGAACAAGAUGUUUUUGUUUUAAAUAGAGAUUCUUUUUUCUGCAAUCGUUGUUCUUUUCUUUUAUCUUUCUCUCUUUUUCUUCUCUCUGUUGUAUUGUAUUGUAUGUAUGUAUGUAUGCGUGUCUUCUGUGUCUUUGUUUUCCCCUUACCAAUCUGUACACAAUACCUUUUAUUUAUAAAAGAGUUUAAAAAACUUUAUUUUUGUUUAAAAAAAUAUGUUCAUAAUAUUCUAAUUCUAUUUAACUGAAUAGAAAGAAUUUCGAUUGUUUCUAUGGUGUUUUGCCUACUUGACUAUUGCAUAAUGUUGUAACUCAUCAAAUUACAUGUCUGUCUAUACGAGUUUGAGCCAAGUUUUUUUUAAUUUAAUGUAUUUGUUUAGAUGAUAGUGACAAUACUCAGUUAUCUAAACUAAAUCACAUGAAUCUAGAUUGAAAUUUACGAGUUUCUAGUUGACAUUCGAUGGAUUCAAUCACUAAAUCACCCCUUAAUGAGUUCAGGACUCUUUUGAGGUUAAUGUGUCUUGUCUAUUAAUUACUUAUAUUAGUAUCUUAAAUUUUUGUGUUUAUGAUUUGUUGAACAUUUAUUCUUAAGUGGUAGAGUAUUAUAACCGCAAUAGUUACUUUGUUAAGAUUCGUAACAUUUGGCGGAUUUUUGGUCAAAUUUUGGGGGAUGAAAUCAAUGUAGGGUUUUUUUUGGAAUCCAGCGAUUGUAAUUUUCGUUUUAUUUUUUGGAUAGGUCAUGAAAACCCUAUUGAAACUAAUCAGUUAGUUUAAACAACUGAGAUAAGUAACUUUCUUUGAUCAAUAAUGAAUGAAUUCUCGUUGAA